AUGGAUAUGUUGGGGGUGAGCAACCGGAGCCCGAAGCAGAGCAAGAGAAGCAAAUCGUCAAAGGGAGUGAAGGUGGUGUACAUAUCGAGCCCCAUGAAGGUUCAAACCAGUGCCUCUAAGUUCAGGGCGCUUGUGCAGGAGCUCACCGGCCGAGACUCCGACGCCGAGCGGUUCAUGGAGACCAACGGUGGUGGUGGUCACCGUCAUCAGAAUAUUCCUGAGUUUUCUCAUGAGCAGCAACUGAAGGCCGCUGAUGGUGACCAUCAUGUAUUCCCUCACCAUCAGAUUCCUUUCUCGAAUUCGUUUUAUGAGUUUCCGAAUUGCUCCGACUCUUUGUUUGAACCGUUUACUGGGCAUUUUGAGCUCGAUGUGCUCAGAAGCUUUGAUCAACUAUAA